UAAAAAACAACAUAAGUCGCGGAAAACCAACGCGUGCCAAAACAAGGAGUCCGCGAGCGCGUUGGGGAUUCACAGCGAGUGAUGCGUCGGGCCCUCGCAGCCUCAGCAGCCCGGCGGCGGGCAGGGGGACGAGAGUAGCGAGGAAGACGGGGGGAGAGCUGCGGUCGAAGACAGGUUGGGAGGUUUGGGCCAAAAAAAAAAAAAACUUGCAGCGCGGAUGCGGUUUCGGGAAUCGACGACAUGGAAGUUAUGAUAACAAAGGCGCGCGUCGCCCGCGUUCACGGUGGAUUCUGAACCUUUGCCAACAAGUAAGUUUGAAAGAGGGACGCGAUUGGAAAUGGACCGUAGCUCUAAAGGUGCCUGAGUCCGUGGAGUUAAGGUGUGUGCGUAUGUGCGCGCGCGCGUGUGAGCGGAAUCUAACAAAAGAAAGAUAUGAACAAUGGCAGAAAGAGGGAGCAACAACGCGCCCGUGUAUCGCAGCGUGUCUUUCAAAAAGUUGGGCUCGUGGACCGCCAGCAGGAGUGGAGACCCGCCGCGCAAAUCAGAGGGUUCGGGGGCGGCCGGCGUCGCCCAUCCCCCGGAGCCGCACAAAGCGGCGCAGCCCCCGGCGACGCGUAAAGUCGGCGCGUCAAGAAAAGUUUCCAAAAUCUCCGCCGCCGCCGCCGCCAGCGCCGCGACCGCAGAGCCGGGGAGAGCCGCCUCCACGCCUCUCUGCUCCAUUUCUCCCUCCAUCCGCCAGCUCACCGAGAAGUUCCGCGGCGGCAGCGGGGGUUCCGCCAGGACGCGCAGAGCCCCGCCGGCGGACGGUGCCGCCGUGACGCGCGGCAGCUGCACCUUUCCCCGCGCCAGAGGCUCGCGCACGGACGCGGCGCCGAGUCGUAAAUCUUUCCACGAGGACGACGACGGCGGCGGCGGCGGGUGUUUCCGGGACAGCGACGGCGCCCCCGCUUCUGCCGCCGCAGAGGCUCUCGCGGGCGGCAAAGUUCGAAAGUUCUGCUCCGGCACUGAUUCGGUGUCGAGCUCGGACACCGAGAGGAUAAGCGAGAAGCGGCUUUAUUCAACGGACGGUAAGAGAGAUUAUUCGCAAAUCGACGCACGCGCCUCCGAGCACGGAAAGGCAGCGGCGACGGACGAGGAGGAGGAUGUCGCGAGCAGAGAGGUCUCUCCACCUUGUAAGUGUCACAGAAACUAUCUCUCCCCGCACGCGGACCGGUGGCCCAGCGUCACCAAAAUCAGGCAACUUUUCGACGAGAGGCAGAGCAAAGCGGACGCGGAGGGCGUGAAGGCGAGCGGCGGACAUUCACGGGAGAGCAGCCCCGCAGAAAGUGACGCGCUCCCGUCCCGCAGCUGUGCUAAUGAGGCCGGCGGCCGAGCUUUGCAUGACAAUUGCUUAGCCGGAGCCCAAAGCGCACAAAGCGCCGCUGCUAAAGAGACGUUCUGUUUUGGCGUGGACUUUAAUUUCAGAGCUGACCACCAGCAGAACUCUGGGAGCAAGGAGGCAAACGCCAGGAGCGUGGAAGGUUCCAGUAGCAACGCUUCUGAUAGAGACUCUCUGCAAAGCGGCAGCCGCCGCUGCAGGAUUAACCCGUCCCCAUACGCGUCUCGUAGCGCCAGCACUGAGGCACAGGCCGCCACAGCGGUGACCUCUGACCCCGACCCUGACCUUCAACGCUCUGCAGCUUGGUCUUGGAGUCGCUCAGUGAGCUUGGACAAUCCCCUGCGUUGCUCCUCUCCUCGUCAGCCGACAGCGAGGGAGGGAAGGGACGGACAGGGGGUCGGGCUGCCCGAGGAUAGUUUACAUUCCUCACAUAGCUCCUCCAAAGCAACAGCCCCCGCCACCUUCUCCCCCUUCUCUGCUCUGCCUCCAGAUAAAGCCACCACCUACUCCUCCUCCACUGAGCUCAGAGCCCCAGCAAGGGCUGCUUCUCACCUCGGCUCCUGCCGGAGAGUCAGCUCGGGAGACGAACAGGAGGAAGAACUUGGGAGGAGAAGAGGAGGGGGUUGGAGUGUUCCUUCAGACCCCGAUCCUUCAAUCUCUUACAGAGGAGGCGGAAGGGGCACAUUUGAGCAAGGAGGCAGCUAUUCAUCCCGCAGUAAAAAUGGCUGGUGGGCUACUAAAGGUGUGGGCAGGUCUUCAGGCAGUGAGGAAGACAGUCCCGGGUCUUUAGGACCGCACAGUCGUGAGGCAGUACGCCGCCGCUCGCUGAGAAAGAAGAAGAAGGUCGGUGGAGUGGUCCCAGCAACAGGCCGUGAUGAUUAUGACGAUCAUGACGGCGAGUCGGAAGACAGCGACAGUGACUCGGCCUUGACGAUGGAGCACAUGGAAAGACAAACCCCGUCGAAAACUGGAGCAUUCAUGGCGGCGGUGUCGCGGGACCACGUGCCCAGAGAAGCCCGCGGUUGCGGUAGCGCGGCCAGAGCGACGCUGUCUGGCGUAGCGCGAGUAUCAAAAGUCAACAUCCCCCCGUUCGCCUCCAGCCCCGGCGGGUCACGCUGCAGCAGCCGGCACUCGAGCACGGAGACGCUGAAGGAGGAGGACCAGGCCGGCGGAGUCGGCCGCGCGGGAAGCGCGUUUUCUAACGCUGGGGGAGCAGGAGGGAGCAGAGCCACAUCCUCGUCUGUUUUGAGCAAAACCUACCAUGGGAAUUUUACCAUGUACCGCUCCCCAAGCUUUGGCCACGGGGAUAACUUCUCCCGCGCCCCCGUACGCGUGCACCCCAGGAUUGUGCCCACAGUCACGCCGUCCUCCAGUGUAUCGGCCCGAGAAGGUGGGACGUCUACAGGGGUUAGGGGUGGGGAGUCCUCGAGGUUAAAAAGGACAUCAGACAGAAUAGAUAACGAUAAAAAUCGAAUAUCCAUGUCCAACCCUGAUAUCACUUCAGAAACAAUGACGCUCUUAAGCUUCCUGAAAUCGGACCUGUCGGAGCUCAAAGUGCGAAAGACAAAUGGCGGCGACAAAUCUGAGACUUUGGAGUCGUCCUCGGUGCACAAGACGGGCUCAUACGGUCAUUGCGGAGCGUUCCUACCUUCUGGCUGCCGACCUUCGCUUAAAGAUCUGACUGCCACACUGCGGCGCGCAAAGUCCUUCACCUGUUCAGAGAAGCCCACGGCGGCGGUCAGGUCGCACGCCACUCGUGGCACCACGGGGAGAGACCUUGACUUGGGUGGGGAGAGGCGUGGAGGGCGUGUGUCUGUGUCAGACAGGGAGGUAGAAAGUGAUGGGGGGGACUUUAGGGUUGGAAGAAGGCAAAGAAAUAGGGACUAUGGUUUCGAUGACGAUGAACUGAUGCCAACUCCAUUGCAGGAGAGGUACAUGCAGGAAGCCAGGCAGGUCAUUCACGAUAUCUGCAAAAUGAAUACAAGAGAGGAUGACGAUGGGAGUGUUGAUGAUGCAGAUGUGAAGAUAAUUAACAACACUCUGGAUAAUGAAUGUUUGCAGAUGAAGAAGAGGGAGGAGGAGGAUGAAGCUAUAACAGAUCAAGGGGCCGAGUUCAAGAACACAAAAGACAGGGAUAAACACAAGAGAGAGAGAGAGAACAGAGAAGGGGAGACGAGGGAGAGGGAUGGACAAAGUGUUCAGCCGGAGAAGCUAAACAGCAGGGGCUCAGAGUACGGGGAGAAGGCUAAGAGGCAGAGCAGAGAGACGGACAGAGCCUCACUGAAGGGCCACUCGGAGGAAAACAUGUUCUACGACCGCUCUGUGGACGAGCUUUCAGGUCAUGAGUCCAGUUUAACGGAUGAAGGGAUUGUGACGGAGCCAGAGACGGGCCCCAGUGACCCCUCUGCUGUGUCAUUCCUGGGGACAACGGGGGCUAAUUUGGGCUCUCGAGUAGUUAGGGAUGUGCUAGGACAGCCUGUCACUGUUUGGAAGCAGUCGGCUCUGCAUGGGGCAGGGGGGUUUAGAAAGGAGAGAGAGGAGACGGCAGAGAACAGGGGCAGAGGACAGAGUUGCACAAGUACUGUGAAUGAACUCAAUGGACCUCCUUUUAUGCCUCGUCAUGCCCAUGAUGUAGAGAUUAGCAGUACUGCUGGACCCAACAGUGUCAACUUUGCUACUGAGGACCAGUCUGCAGCUCCCGCAGGAGGAGGGCUGGAAGCCCCCGCCACCCCAAGUGCUGUACGCAGAAGACGCAAGUUUUCCCCUUCUGGUAAUAACAACACGGGCUCUGACUCCAGUAAUGGCAGUAAUGCAGAGUCGACAAUACCUGCUGUUGCAAACGGGGAGUCCACAGUCUACCGGUCUCUCAGCGACCCCAUGCCUCAGCGGCGCUGUUCAGUGGCAGAAGAAGGCGGUAAUAGUUUUUCCUCUGUAGAUAGCAACCUCUUGGGGUCUUUGUCUGUCAAAGGAGGGGGAGGGGCUCCAGAGGCCUCGGCUGUUGCCACUGUGUUGGAGUACAAGGGCAGUGUAGCUAGUGACUUAUCGGUAUACAGUGAUGGCGGCCUCCGCGAUGAUGGCAUUCGUGAUUACUGCGGUGUGAUCAGGAGCCUGGUGGCCGAGCCAGGUGCAAUGGACCGACUCAUCACGGACGAUCAUGGCAACGGCAAAGCUCCCAAGAAGAAGUCCUUCAGUGACCCCAGUCGCCGUAGCGAUGCCCCUUUACUUUCCCAGAGUGAAUCUCCGUGUGGCAGUGCUCAGCCAAUCAGAGAGCUGGAUCAGCCGGGACAGAUCCCGCCUUCUAGCAGUGAGCCAAUUCUGAGUGAGCAAAAAGAAAUCCUAUGGGAGCCAGAAGGGACGCCUAAACACACGUUGACUACUCAGCCAGAUCACCAAGCAUGCAACAGCCUCAGAGUCAAGAUAACUCGUUCUCAGUCAGAAUGCACCCCCCACCCCACUCACUGUGAUGAUGAAGAUGAUGACGUCAUAGACCAAGAUGCGGAGGAGAAGGAAGAGCAGAAGAGAAAGUUUGACUUUGAGCUCAAGCUGGCUGAAGUUCUGUCCCCUAGAACGGUUCGUCGGCCGUCCAGAAAGCGUCCCAACAGACUGGCUCACUUCUUCCCACACGAGGACCCGUUUGAGUCACUAGAACCGGGUGCAGAAGAGCAGGAGCUUCCCAGGGACCAAGCGAACCUCACCCCUCCUCUCCCCCAUCCUCUACUGCAGACCAAACCCAAAAACCGACCCAAGCAUGUCCGCCACGCUAGCGAACCCGCCACCUUCAUCCCCAUCUCCCCACCUCCACAUCUCCAGCCACUUAACGAAGCCGACUGCCACAGCCUCCAUCAGACGGUAGAAUGUCCAACAGUAGCUAAAUCUCCAGGAGACGAGGCCCCAUCGUUGGAGGAUGUGACCCAGAAAUAUAUUCUGGAACUGAGCACCUCUGACAAGGACGCUGAGGGCUCCGUACAUCUUCCAGUGCCAAGGGAUGGAGCUGAAAGUUCAGUGUCUCCUUCAGAAAGGUCCAACGAGACCAACACCAGUGGAAUUACAGAAGCUGCACCACAGAAAAAGAGCCCAGAGGACACCGCAUCCAUGCCUACCCCACAGAGGACCAAGCCCAGAGUGGACAUGAGGAAGCAUGUGAUGAUGACCCUCUUGGACACAGAACAAUCAUAUGUGGAGUCACUACGCACUCUGAUUCAGGCUUACAUGCGUCCACUCAAACAGCCCGACGGCGGCUGCAUCGUGGACCCCCUGCUGGUGGACGAGAUGUUCUACCAGAUCCCAGAGAUCCUGGAGCACCACGAGCAUUUCCUGGAGCAGGUCUCCGGCUGCGUCGGCCAGUGGCACGACCGGCAGACCAUCGGACACCUCCUCAUCCAAUCAUUCUCCAAAGAGACUCUGGCUAAUGUGUAUUCGGCGUACAUCGACAACUUUCUCAACGCGAAAGAUGCUGUGAGGAUCGCCAAGGAGGCCAAGCCAGCGUUUCACAAGUUUCUGGAGCAAAACAUGCGCGAGAACAAGGAGAAACAGGCUCUGGACGAUCUGAUGAUCAAGCCGGUGCAGAGGAUCCCUCGAUACGAGCUUCUGGUCAAGGACCUACUCAAGCACACUUCAGAGGACCACCCAGACCAUCCGCUGCUGCUGGACGCCCAGAGGGACAUCAAGCGAUUGGCCGAGAGGAUAAAUAAGGGCCGUCGAUCAGCUGAGGAGGUGGAGAGGGAGGCCAGGGUUAUUCAGGAGAUUGAGGCACACAUAGAAGGAGUUGAACAUAUUCUGAACCCCCAGCGGAAGUUCUUGAGACAGGAAAUGGUCAUGGAGGCGAAAACAGUGGGUGGGAAAAAAGAUCGUUCUCUUUUCCUGUUCAGUGAUCUGAUCAUCUGCACCACUCUCAAGAGGAAGUCUGGCUCAUUAAGGCGCAGCUCCAUGAGCUUAUACUCUGCUGCAAGUGUGAUCGACACUUCGAGUAAAUACAAGUUCCUGUGGAAGCUUCCUCUAGAGGACGUGGAGGUGGUAAAAAGCCCCAAUCAGGCAACAAACAAGGAGAAUAUCCAGAAAAUGAUCAGCCGAUUAGACGAGGAUCUGAGCACACUGGGUCAGAUCAGCAAGCUGUCUGAGACCCUCAGCUUCCCCCACCAGUCACUAGACGAGGUCAUCAAGGAUCUGAUGGCAUCGGUGCACAGGGAGCUGUCGGAGAAGCAGUCCCUGGCCUUCAGCGUGACCUUCCUCCCCACAAAGCUGGAGUUCACCACAGCCUCGGCUGAAAGCAGCUUCAUCUUUGAGUUCACGUCACCUGAUGCUCGCUCCAACUUCGAGCAGGCCUUUGAGGAAGCGAAGAAGAAGCUGGCUAUGUAUAAGGACCAGUGGGACCCAGAGUUCCUGAAGGCUAUUCCCAUUAUGAAGACACGUAGUGGGAUGCAGUUCUCCUGUGCCUCGCCCAGCCACAGCUGUCCGGACAGCGGCUGUGAAGUCUGGGUGUGUAACAGCGAUGGAUACGUGGGACAGGUUUGCCUGUUGAACAUCAAAGACGAGCCCACGGUGGAGGCCUGCAUCGCUGUGUGCUCGGCGAGGAUCAUCUGCAUCGCCGCGGUACCAGGACUCAAGGGGAGGGAGCGUGGAACCGAACCGGCCUCUGGAGCACCCGCUCACACCCAGCAGCAGCUCCACAUAUCGAUCUCCCAUUCCUCUCUAGAGCUGACAGAGCAACCUGCAGGACCAGGGGCGGAGCUUGUGCCAUUUGACAGCGAUGACACCGAUGAUGAGGAUUCUCCCAGUCCCUCCUCCACUCUACAGAGUCAGGCCAGUCACUCCACCAUCUCAUCCAGCUAUGGAAAUGAUGAGGGUUCAGGCUCCAAGGACAUGGUUACAGAGACCACCAGCAGUGAGGAGGAGCAGGAGUUCCCACCAACUAGCUCCUACGGAGCACCGGGGAUGCUGGGUGUUGGCGGCGGAAGUCGAGGCCAGGCAGAGAGCCCCAUGGACGGCCGCGCCAUGCGCCGCUCCUCGCGGGGCUCCUUCACCAGGGCGAGUCUGGAGGACCUGCUCAGCAUCGACCCAGAGGCCUACCAGAGCUCAGUGUGGCUAGGCACGGAGGAUGGGUGCAUCCACGUGUACCAGUCCUCCGAUAACAUCCGCAACCGUAAGAACAGCAUGAAGAUGCAGCACUCAGCCUCUAUCCUGUGUAUACUGUACUUGGACAACAAAGUGUUUGUGUCGCUGGCCAAUGGAGAAGUGAUUGUCUAUCAGAGAGAAGCAGGCAGUUUCUGGGACCCUCAGUCGUCUCAGACUUUAAUUCUGGGCACGCCCAGCAGCCCCAUCACCAAAAUGGUCCCUGUAGGAGGCAAGCUGUGGUGUGGCUCACAGAACAGAGUCCUUGUUAUCAACACAACUACACUGGUACAGGAGCACUGGUUCCAGGUGGGCACGGACAGCAGCCGCUGCGUGACGUGCAUGGUGGCGUACGGUCAAGGCGUGUGGCUGGCGCUGCAGGGCAGUGCGCAGGUCAAGCUGUACCACGCUCAGACCUGGGAGAGCCUGACGGAGGUGGACGUGGCACCCGCCGUGCACAAGAUGCUCGCAGGUGCAGAUGCGAUCAUCCGACAGCACAAAGCCGCCUGUCUCAGAAUCACCGCAUUGCUGGCCUGUAAAGAUCUGCUGUGGAUCGGCACCAGUGCUGGGGUUGUCCUCACUCUGGCCAUACCAGCGGUGAGCUCAGGAACCGGGGCCGGGACCCUGAAAUGCCCCCUGGUGCCAAUGGGCUCAGCUCACGGACACACGGGCCACGUUCGGUUCCUGACGACGAUCGAGCUGCCAGAAGGGUUUGACAUGAACAUUCCUCCGCUGACAGACGCCACAGGCAACCAGCCUCAGAGCUGCAGCGCAGUCGACAGGAGCCUCCAGCGGCGUGACUCUGCCCGUCGCAGAGCCUCCGCCCACAUCCCGUCCAAAACCAACCAUCUGGUCAUUUCUGGCGGCGACGGCUACGAGGACUUCAGACUCACCAACAGCAGCGAGACGGUGGGGCGGGACGACAGUACCAACCAUCUCCUGCUCUGGAGGGUCUGAGCCGGUCAACCCAAACCCCCAAACGUCCUCUAUCGGAGGAUGACGCACAAGGCCUGGUCCUUCUCCCAACAUCUGAUUCCUCACGUUUUGGUGUUGUUUUCCUUCUGCUCAGUCACCGGUCUCUCUGUGCACAACACGUCUGUUAACUCCCUCCUGUAAAGUUGACCUCCCUCUCGUGUUAAUGUUACCGAUGGUGUGCGUUGAACCUGACUGUGCGUCUUCAUUGCUUGGCAUCUGCAAGCGUUGUUUAAACAGUGAUUUUAAAAACCUUGGAGAGACAGAAGUGUCUUAUGGUCGAGGACGGGAAGGAGACGAGUGGACUCGGACUCUGCACUGAGGGACAAAUUGAACUGAAGCGUGAAUGAAGCACGUGCUCCUUCUUGGACGUUUUAUUGAACCCUGACCAUCGUUUCACCACAUCACUGCAUCAUCUUAAACUGAACCUCGAAGGAGAGAGGACAUGAAGAUCUACAGUCGGAUUUAAGCCGAGACUGGAGUUUGAUGUGCAGGUUUCUGCCUUUCACAACCUUCUGCUCCGGUAAACUGAACUGCUCGAGGCUGAUCUGAGGUCAGAUUUUUCGGACCCAAGCGGUGUCAAAGUAUUUCGCAAUCGUUGCUUAUAGAUGUGACUGCUGAAAUCAUCUUUUCCCCUGUUGAGGAACAGCAUCGUUUUAGUGCAAUAUGUGUCAGUGGUAUCUAACGAGUAUAAUAACACGCAUACGGUUCACACACGAAUGCACAAACAUGUGUUUCACGUUGUAUCUGUUUUUCAAAUGUAACUCGUUGUCACUUUGAGAUGACAUGAAUCUAGAUGAAGCGACGUCCCACCACCGGUGACACAAGUGUGUUGGAGACACUCGUCUUUAACGCAACUAUGCCAAAACCUCGUCUGUGUUGGAGACGCACUGCGGGACAUGAGCGGAUUCCUUUGAGCGUUCUUUCAGAAGGCACUGGUGUUACUGGUUUCCAUAGCGGACUCUGUAAAGACGACACGAGGCUGUGACAGCAGAAAAGCCUAGUUAUGUACAGUAUUUAUGGUUCUGAUUUUAGCGCCUCAUUUUACAGCACUUAAUUUAUAGAAGAUGUAGCUUUCACCUUUUCUUUUUGGAGUUGAAGGAUAAGAAGCGAUGUGGUUUGUCCAAGCAGGGGUAGAUACAGUCCGCUCGUGCUUUGGUGUGAUAUACAAUACAGCGUUCUUGUUUUGGCUUCUCCAUAAAUGUAGAGAGCGAUUUCCAGAAAGGAGAGGUCAGGGGGGUAUUUUUGUCCCCGACAGAACGGAUGCACCACCGAUCAGAGCGCGGUCGCUCCUCCGCCCGUUUCGGUGCCAAAGGGGACAGCGCGGUCAUUAACGGCAGCGUUGGGGGACAAGAAGCGUGUUGUUUGCGCCGUACGAGGUCAGAGGGAGACUGAGAACCUGCACGUGCCUUCAGGAGGCUCAGAGCUAAGCCAAUUAGCGCACACACACACGCAGAUUAAAGAGUCAGCUUUCAGCAGAUGUCUGUGGAAUUAAAGAAUCACACACGCACACACACACACACACCAUCUGGGCUCCUCACCUUAGCUUUCCCACGUUCAGGCCUCUCCACAUUAGGUUAAUUCUCCCCGUGUGAGAGGAGUUGACCUUUGGGGAAUUAGCUGGUCAUCACACUAGCUGCUCACUGACGUUAGCUCCUUGUUUGUGUGUGUGUGUGUGUGUGUGUGUGUGUGUGUGUGUGUGUGUGUGUGUGUGUGUGUGUGUGUGUGUGUGUGUGUGUGUGUGUGUGUGUGUGUACAGUAUGAAGGUGGAACGGCCGGUUUCAGUGCAUCCUCCACAAGUGCUCUUCUGUUGUUAGUAAAGAUCCAAGUCGGCCUGUGGUAGCCUGUGUAGAAAACAAACGACAAGGAGUUUAAUAUCUUGGGGGCGAAAGAAGAUUUAUCCCAGAAUAAUAUUUCAAUGCAAAGUGUGUUAAUGAACGACUUCCUGGAGUUAACGCCUCUAAUUUUGGGCAGACCAAACAAAUUAUUGAUCUUUACAGACACUGGCAGCUCAUUGUUUUUUUUUUGUUUGUUUUUUUCCCCUACUGGCUUCAUUUAAAUGGUAUUUUUACUCAAGUCUGCAAGAAAACAGUGUUGCUAAUUCCCUCACCGUUCAGUAUCGAUGCUCCUGAACAAGCGACUUUCCCUUCGGCCGAUUUGAAACAGAUUGUUUGCCUUAAAAGUAUUUCUUUCUUUGCUCUUUUCUGCAUCUUAUACACGUGAAGGGAACCUCGAGGGUUAAGAGGAUGAAGUGCUGUGAUAAGGAAACGGAGCAUUUUCAUCACAUUCUUCCUGUAGCGUGUUAGAAACCUCCUCAUGCCCGUAUGUGAACAAAGUCUCUAUUGUUGUAAAUAUUAGUAUAUUUUCUCUGUAAAUAGUGCACCCAUGGUCCUCGGUUGUUGAUAUGAAUCUAAUGGCAUAUUUUUAUAUAUUUGUGUCUCAGUUUGUGUUUUUCUUUCCCAUCUGGCAUGCGCUGUCAGUCCCCUGUCAUAAAUCUUUCUGAAAGACGUUUAAAAAAAAAGAGAGAGAGAAUCUGUUGCUACCAGGGGUUUUGACGGCCUGACGCCUGAGGAACGCGUUGUCGUCUGCCUUUGGAACAGGGAGGAAAACAAUCGAGCGCUCGUGUAACGCUCUAUCGCUGUCAAGAGUUACUUCCUGUAUGUGGCUGUUCGUGUUUCGUCACUGUGGGUUUCCCUUUGUAAUUAAAUCAGUUCACUGGUG